CGACCGUGAAGGUGUGAACGGAUGUGAUAAUGAGACAUCAAUCUUGCAGUCGAGGGAAGUCUGUUUCAAGGGCCCUGCCAAGACGACUCAGAUCGGCAUAGAUCUCAGCCGCGCUUUGGAAAGCGCCCUCGCCCUCGUCAUUUUCCUGUAGUAGCAUGAGGACGUCUUGUAAUGAUCCAAAGAUCAAUUAAAGAUGAGUUUCCCCCAAUGCAUUACUAUCUGCGACUCUCUGUUUUGCUGGCGGUCACAAUUCUCACCGACGUAGCAACCGCUCAAAGAUGGAGGGAGAUCAGCGGCAGGGACCAAUGGAGCGGCCUCCUAGACCCGCUCAACAUCGAGCUCCGGCGCGAGAUCAUCCGCUACGGCGAGCUGGCGCAGGCGACGUCGGACGCCUUCAUCGGGGACCCGGCGUCGCCGUACGCCGGGGCGUCCCGGUACGGGCCGGGCACCUUCUUCUACAAGGUGCAGGCGGCCGACCCGGGCGCGUACCGCGUCACGAGGUUCCUCUACGCGACGUCCAGCGCCCGCCUCCGGGACGCGUUCAUGACGAGGCCGGUGCCGGCGGGGGCCUGGAGCACGGAGUCCAACUGGAUGGGGUACGUGGCCGUGGCCACGGAUGGGGCCGCCAGGGCGCUCGGGAGGCGGGACGUAGUGGUGGCGUGGCGCGGGACGAAGCGGAUGGUGGAGUGGGCCAGCGACCUGGACAUCGUGCUGGUGCCGGCGGCCGGCGUCGUCGGGCCGGGCGGCCGCGGCUCCGUGCACAGGGGGUUCCUGUCCUUGUACACGUCCAAGAAUUCCACGUCGCGGUUCAACAAACAAAGCGCGCGCGAGCAGGUGCUGACUGAAGUACGAAGGCUGCUGGAUACAUACAAGGACGAGAACUGCAGCGUCACCUUAACCGGCCACAGCCUCGGAGCCGCACUGUCCACGCUCAACGCUAUCGACAUAGUCGCCAACGGAAUCAACGCGCUCCGUAGUUCCUCCGGAGACAAUAUUACCGUGCCCGUCACGGCCAUCCUCUUCGGCAGCCCCCGCGUGGGGGACGAGCAGUUCAAGAAAGCCUUGGACUCCAUGGCCGGCGCCGUGAGCCUGCUCCGCGUCCGCAACGCCCCGGACAUCGUGCCCACCAUCCUGCCGACGCCGUUCUACAGGGACGUCGGCGUGGAGCUGCUCGUGGACACGCUCAAGUCGCCCUACCUGAAGACGCCGGCGGGUCCGGCACAGUGGCACAACCUCGAGUGCUACCUGCACGCCGUCGCGGGCACGCAGGGCCCCGGCGACGACGCUGGGUUCAGCCUGGAGGUCGACCGCGACGUGGCGCUCGUGAAUAAAGAAGAGGACGCGCUCAAGGGUGAGUACCCCGUCCCGGCGUCGUGGUGGGCGGAGAAUAACAAGGGUAUGGUGAAGAACGCUACUGGACACUGGGUGUUGGAGGAUCACGAGGAGGGUAACCUCGCGUUGUGAUGAAUUCUUUUGACUUCUACCGUGGAAUCUAUUAUCAAGUGGUAAUUUAGCUUCUUGUGUCGUGUGGGGGAAGAUAAAUGCAGCUCGUGUUUUGAGAAAUUAUAAAAUGCAUCUUGCUGUAAGAUUUGAGAAAAAUAUUUGUAAUGCAUAGCAAGGGAAGGUAACUAGUAUGAGUUUCACAGCUGAAUUCUUU